GGUAUGUUGAUCACCGCGCUGCUGGCUGUCAUGCUUCUGCCUGUAUUUUUGUCUGCUGGACCAAUUGUCCAAAAGCCAAAAGGAGAUGUGGGUGAAAGUAUCCAGGAGAAGUCAGCUGCAGCAGCUUUGCACAGGAGGCUGAUCCGCAACCGCAGGAACAUCAGCUGGUACAAACAGCAUUCUGACUUCUGGGCCUGGUACAAGUACUUCACUGACAACGGCAACCAGGAGGCAGUUCAGGAGAUGGAUCGGAUCUACUUGGCGUAUCUCCAGAACAAGAACCGUGCUGAAGGGCGUCGCUCCUACAAGGCGUACUUGCGCCACCUUGGGGAGAUCUACAAGUCAUGUGCUGAUUCUAAUGACCCCAACUGCGUUGCCUCCUACACUGCCAGACCUAAACCUAAACCAGAGCCCCCCAAACCAGCACCAAUAAAAACAUGUGACCCCACCAAGGAUCCCCAAUGUUUGUAUCUGGCUUUGAUCCAAGGCAAGAGCCCCUACCUGCCCCUGGUGCUCCCAGCUCCACCACCAGCAACCCCAGCACCAGUCAAGGCUCCUGCCCCUCUGUUUGUCCGCUCUGCAGUUUCUGCCAAGGACCCACAGUCAGGAUAUUAUUACUAUGCUCCAUCUGCAAUGCCUUUCCUUUCUAAGGAGCAGAAGGCUGAGCUGCUGCAUAUCUGUUCCGCUGAUGAUGUGGAGUGUCUGCAGUACCAUGUCAGAGCUGCCUAUGGGUAUCGUCCCUCUGCUGGGCCCCUUCCCUCAUAUGCCCAUCUGGGCUGUGACCCCAAGAAAGACCCUGCCUGCAAACCCAAACUGGUGCAAAAGGCUCCUUCUGGUCUCUUCCUUCAGUAUCCCAACUGUGAUCCACUCCGUGACCCCUACUGCGCCUAUGCUGCCUCCCUUGUGGCUCCUCGUGCUCCCUACCCCCCUGCUCCUGCUGGCCCUGGAUCCUGCAACCCUCUUUUUGAAGAAAACUGCAACCCCCUGACAGCCACCAAAUUUGCUUCUCCUCCAGAAGCAUUGAAAAAUGGGGAAGGAGAUGAGGCCGCUUCUCUUCGUGUAGCGCCUCCUGCGGCUGAACAGAAUGACCCUUAUGCUAUGUUUAGAGAUGCUUAUGCAAAUGCUAACAGGGUUAGAGAUCCUUAUGCCAUGUACCGCCAGGCUCCAGCCCCAGCUUCUCCACCAGCUUCUGAUCCAUAUGCUAUUUUGCGCCAAUUCAUUGCCCAAGCUCAGGAUAAUGAUCCAUACGCUCCACAGAUGGAGGCUGCUCCAGAGCCUAACCCUAAUGAUCCCUUCUCUGCUAUCCGCGAUGCGGCGGCUGCCAUGCAUCGCCGCGGCCCUCCCACAUCCAGGCAACCUUUUUCCAUUCCCAAUUUUGAGGAGCCACCUCAGGAGGAGCGAAAUCCUUUGGGACCCCCUGGUAAAACCAAGGAGGGCUAUGACUGCUUCAUUGGUUAUGAUCGCGAAUGUUUUCCAAUGAGGCCCAGUGAGCCCCGCCCUGGAGUUCACCGCCGCAUCCCCUACCCCGCUGAGGCCUAUGAGCCCCACCUGAAUGCUGAUGGCAGCCGCAAAGGAGUCCUGGAGCCUUCCAACCCACACUGUGACCCUGAGUAUGACCCAGACUGCCGCCUGCGUCGCUACGAGCCAGAGCAGGCCCACGCAGCGACCCAGCCUGAGCAUCACGCUGAGGAGGACCAUAACCAGGGAACAGCAGAGAGUGCGCCUCAGGAACAGGAUCCAGAUCAAUACGAAGCAGAGCCCUACCAGAGUGGCCAGGAGGAGCCUCAUAUGUCUUAUCAGCCUCUCUCGCAGGGUAUGCCCAGCCUCCAGGACAUCCUCAGGCGCUAUGGAGACCACUACCCUGAGCAGGAUGAUCACAGAGCUUAUGCAGAUGACUACCGCAAAAAAUAAUCAUGCUAAACACAUGCAUGUAGUUGGACAUGAAUACACGGUCCUAUGUGUUCUUUUAGCUCAGUCUUUGAACGCCUCAUGCAACAAGUAACCAGUUCUAACUGGUCCUGAAGCGGGACACAGGUGAAGUCUAUGGACCUAAUGAGCAAGAACAUUUGUGUACAUUCAAACAUGGUCUCCUGCUGAAGGAGCAUGUUCAGAAACAUUGCUAAAAAAUCUUCGGCUUUCAUGACUAGUUGCUUCACAUGUUUGUGGUGCAUUUCUUUUCUACUUUCCACCUCCAGCCUCCUCCAACGCAAUCACAUGUUUAAUGACUUGUUAAUCCUCAGCUUUGCCUCUGUAUCUAUGCAUUUCCCUUUUUUAAAAAACGUUGUUUGUUGCUUUUGGUCAGUGAUGGAAUUUGGAAAG